AUGGCUGGGAUCUUCGGACCUCAAUGGCGCACGGGGAAGUCCCCGCUUCAGUGUCUGAAGUAUCUCUGUCUCAAUGAAACACUUGCAGACGUUCACUUCACUUUCACUGAUGGCGGGAAAUCUCUGCCGGGUCACAAAUUCAUCUUGUCCAUGAGAAGCGAAGAAUUUGAAAGAAUUUUCUACACCGAAAUACCAGAACCAAAUAUACCAAUAGAAGGAACUUCAAAAGAAAUAUUCCAAAUGCUUCUAAGGUACAUAUAUACCAACGAAACCAACCUAAAUGAAAGCAAUACUUUGCCUUUGAUAGAACUUGCUGAAAAGUAUAAAUUAGACGAUCUCAUUGAGCGAUGCGUUAGCUAUCUGGAGUCGUCGUUAUGCAGCAAAAAUGCCUGUGCAACUCUUGAUGUUGCUUUCAGGUUUGACAUGAAGGAGAUGAAAGACAUAACUCUUCGAUUUAUUCAAAGAAAUGCAAAAGUUGUUUUCAAAUCAGAAGGUUUCAAAUCAGUAUCUCGCCAGGGCUUGGAAUGCAUUUUGAAAUCUGACGUGACAUCCGUUCUGGAAAUUGAGAUGUUCAGCGCAGCUGCAAAGUGGGCGGAAGAAGAAUGUCAUCGACAAAAGUUACCAACCGACGGUGAAAAUAAAAGGCAGGUUCUUGGAGAUUUAUUGUAUGGCAUACGAAUGACACAAAUUUCUUUGAAAAGCUAUUCCAAUGUUGUCGUACCGACAAACAUUCUCACCGAAGAGGAACAGCUGCAGAUGUAUAAAUAUUUUACUGUUACCGGUGGUUCGAAACUUAAAUGUCAAAUUCCACCAUUCGAGAAAAAACCGAGACAGAAAGUGAAAGCGGACCUAGUUUCAAUAUUGAAGAAAACAGACACAAAACGUUCACAUCAAAAAGUAACCAGAUCUGUAAGCUUACCUACACCAAAGGAAAUUCUUGGCUGA